CACCAGGCUAACCCAUCCCCCAACCCCCUCCCAAACUAUAAAAUGUUAUUGCAAUUUAUAAAAAUAAUAAGACUUAAAUAAAGGAGACAUCCAGUGAGGUUAUAGAUGGAGCAAUUUAGUAUUAUAAAAUGGCAAUUAUGUACAAAUUCAAUGCAAUUCCAAUUGAAAUCCCAAAAAAUGGUUUCCUGGAACUUAGUAGACUGAUUCUAAAUUUUGUACAGAGGACCCAAAUAUAGCUGAGACAGCCUUAUGGAAGAAGGAAGAAUGCUUCCCAUAAAUAAAAUAGAGUUCGGUUUUCUCUUUAGAAUUUGGAGUAUCUGGCUAUAGCGGGCUCUUAUGGAGAGCAAUAAUUAGCUAGAGUUGACUUGCGACUGCCCCUUCAGAUAGAAUACGUGCUCUCCAGUUCACCCAGCACAUUGUUCUUAUUUAAGGUACCUGCCUGAUCCUGUAGAUAUUUGUAUGAUAUUGCCUGGGGUGGGAGGGUAGGGAAGAGGAAUGGAAGAGAUUAUUUUAAAUUAUAUAGGUUCUGUUUGGUUUUGUAAAAGUCCUCCCAGUGAGCUGGCAAACAGAAAGAAGAAAAGAGUGGAUUACAUGACUCAAAGAGUUUGAUGUUUCUGGUAGUGAUCUGAGUAUGAUCAUGGGAAUGUGUGGCAGAGAAGGGAUGGAGGAAAGCACGCCAGAGGUUAUAUAAUGUGAGGGAAUUGGAAGGUCCAAAUGGCACAAGAGUUGGAGAUGUCGGCUUCCCUGAGACCAAUAUGUGGAACUGGGUGAAGCGAAAGAUUGUAAGACGAGAGAAUUCACAGGGACUCCUUUAAUGCUAAGUAGAACCAGAAGAUAUGGCAGAGAAAUAGGAGAGAAUCCAACACCAACAGAAGGAAGAAUGACCUUUCCUGGAAACCCCACUGUGGACCAAGCUCUUUGACACAGGCUAUCUCCUUGAACCCCAACAUUAGUCCUCUGAGAGUAGACCUUAAUAUCCCUUUGUUAUGGAUGAGCAAACUGAAGCUAUGAAAACUGAGGUCAUUGGCCCCAUGUGACAAGGUUGAGAUUCAAAGCAGUCAGAUUGACACUAGGGUCUCCCUAUCUCCACCUCUCCUUUCACCAAAGUCACAAUGGUCACUGAAGCACCCUGAAACGCACAGACUUGCGUUAAGAAAACAAAGCUAACAAAGGGUAUUGUUAAGCCCAUCCCCUCAAACACCCAGAUUUUAUCAAUGCUUUGUUCCAAAGCUCCAGUUGAGACAUUUGAAGGAGGAACAGAAAUUCUGUCCAGCGCUCGCUAACUUUAGCCGAGAAUCUUCGUGUUAACCAGAUUUUUCUGGGGAGUCUGAUGCAGACAGCCUUGAUCCACAAUGUCAGAAGCAAGCGAUUUUAGAAAUAUAAGCCAGCUUCACGCGGUCGCCUUUUAACUCUGCCACUUCACCGAGUGUUUUAACCCUGUCUCCAAGCCCCCUGCCUCCUGUAAGAUGGGUGUAAUUACAGCGUGGUUUUGGAAGAUUCCAUGUGGUAAAGCUUGCAAUUGUCCUAAUGUGCUUAGAACAGUACCGGGCGCUGAAGAACUCAAUAUAUUAUAAUUGUCAUCAUGAGUAUGAUGGAAGUCUUUAAAAAAAAAAAUGCGGUAUUACUUAGGGGUGUAUCAAAAAAUAAGGACUUAUGGAUAGAGGUGUAGUGUGACAAGGCAUAGUAAAAAUUCUGACAGAAAGUUAAAAUAGUCCAAAGUUAGAGGUAAAAGACCCACAGGGUAAAAUUCUUUAAACCUUCUCUGUGUUUGAAAAUGUCCAUAACCCAACGCUGGAAAAACAACGCAUUGUCGUGUGCUUUGGGAAGAGGAAGAGUUAGUUUCGUUUUGUUUCCUGAUAAACAGAAAAGGUAUCGAAAAGAAAACAAAAUGGGCGAGAUCUUCCUCAGCUCGGGCCCGCCUCAGGGCCGAGGGCCGUUCGUGAUGCUGCCGGAAUGAAAUCGAGGACCGCUUGCGAAAGAGCGAAUCCUCGAGAGCGUGACCCGGGGCUGCCAAGGCCUCGCAGGGGACAGGGACGCGCUCCAAGCGGCGCAUCCCGCCUCGGCGCCCAGGAGGUGGGGCCGGAGCGCGCCGGCGGACACGAGGCUCGGCCGUUACCCGAGGGCUCCGGGCCGGCGCUCGCCGCGGCGCGCCGCGGGUAAACACCUUCAGCGGGGCGGGGGAGAGAAGCGUCGAAUUUCAAAAAAAAAAAAAAAAAAAAAACCACCAAACCCCCACAGCCCCGGGCGGGCGGGCGCGCGGAUGGGCGCCCUUUGGCUGCGGGAGCGAGUGGAGGAUGCUGGGAAGGAGGUAAAAUGGCCACCGGCGGCGGCGCGGAGGAGGAAAGGAAGCGGGGGCGGCCGCAGCUCCUGCCACCCGCGCGGCCCGCGGCUCGCGGCGAGGAGGCCGAGGGCGGCCGCGAGAAGAUGGGCUGGGCCCAGGUGGUGAAGAACCUGGCCGAGAAGAAGGGCGAGUUCCGCGAGUCGCGGCCGUCGCGGCGGGAGGAGGAGGGAGGCAGCGGCGUGGGCGGCGCGCUCGGCGCCGCCGCGGGCCUGGCGGUGCCGGGCCUCGGCGACUUCCCCCCGGCCGGCCGCGGGGACCCGAAGGGUCGGCGGAGAGACCCAGCCGGCGAGGCGGCGGAUCCCCGCAAGAAAAAGGGUGCAGCCGAGGCGGGCCGGAGGAAGAAGGCCGAGGCGGCGGCGGCGGCCAUGGCGGGCCCGGCCAGGCCUGGCGCAGCCGAGGACGCGGCGGAGCGGCCCGCUCAGGACGAGCAGGCAGUGGCGACGGGCCCCGCGGCGGGCCCGGGCAAGGGCCGCUUCCUGGUGCGCAUCUGUUUCCAGGGAGACGAGGGCGCCUGCCCGACCCGGGACUUCGUUGUGGGCGCGCUCAUCCUGCGCUCCAUCGGCAUGGACCCGAGCGACAUCUACGCGGUCAUCCAGAUCCCAGGCAGCCGCGAGUUCGACGUGAGCUUCCGCUCGGCGGAGAAGCUGGCCCUGUUCCUACGCGUCUACGAGGAGAAGCGCGAGCAGGAGGACUGCUGGGAGAACUUUGUGGUGCUGGGGCGGAGCAAGUCCAGCUUGAAGACGCUCUUCAUCCUCUUCCGGAACGAGACGGUGGACGUGGAGGACAUCGUGACCUGGCUCAAGCGCCACUGCGAUGUGCUGGCCGUGCCCGUGAAAGUGACCGACAGGUUUGGGAUCUGGACCGGGGAGUACAAGUGUGAGAUCGAGCUGCGCCAGGGGGAGGGCGGGGUCAGGCACCUACCGGGGGCCUUCUUCCUGGGGGCCGAGAGGGGCUACAGCUGGUACAAGGGGCAGCCCAAGACGUGCUUUAAAUGUGGUUCCCGGACCCACAUGAGUGGCAGCUGCACGCAGGACAGGUGCUUCAGGUGCGGGGAGGAGGGGCACCUGAGCCCUUACUGCCGGAAGGGUAUCGUGUGUAACCUCUGUGGCAAGCGAGGACACGCCUUUGCCCAGUGUCCCAAAGCAGUUCACAAUUCCGUGGCAGCUCAGCUAACCGGGGUGGCUGGGCACUGAACACCCGCCUGCCUGCCAGGGUGAAUACAGAGCCAGCUUACCCCUCUUAAGUGCCAAAACUUUUUUUUAAACCAUUUUUUACGUUUUCGAAGGAGAUCUUUUUAAACCUACAAGAGACAUCUCUCUCUGCCUUCUUAAAUCGAGUUUACUCCAUUUCAGCCUUUUCCGAAUUGGUGACUCUGUCAUCAGUAACCACCGAGAACUGUAGCGUGCAGAUGUGUCGCCUCUCCCUUUUUAAAAUUUUGUUUUCGUUUUUGUAUCUGGGUUGUUUUUGUUUUUGUGUGUGGUUUUUGUGUGGGUUUUUUUGUACUUUUUACUCCCCACGCCUUGUCUUCUCCCGGGAUUUUCAUCCAUUGGGCUGCCUUGCUCAUCUUUAUGCCCCAGCACUAGGUACGGGGCCCACCACGUGGUAGGCACUCCAUCAGUGUUUGUUGAAUUGAGAAGUUGACUGUGGCUUCUGUCAGGGUGUCUACUUUUUGCAGCUCUUCCCCCCUCCCCGUUUAAUUUGCUGCUUCUAAUCUAUGUGGUCUGAGAAUUUGUGAAACCAUUGUUGUUAGAAGUGUAUGUAAUCUGAGUCAAUAAGCUCUGAAUGGUGGCCAAGGGCCUCUCUUAUGGCAUUAAAAAGCAUGGACUUUGGGACAGCUGUUCAGUGGCUCAGAAGCCAUUUUUCACAGAAUCAUGGAAUUUGGAAUUUUCUUGCUGGAAAGGACCUAAAAAUUGGUUUAGACCAAUCCCCUGGAUUUCCAACAGAUGAAACAGGCCCAGAGAGGUUAAAUGACUGGGUCAAAAUCACAUAGCUGUCUGGUGCCAGAGCUAGCCUAGAGUAGAGUUCCCUGACCCCAAGCCCGGUGCUCAUUCCACUACCUCUCACACUUCACAACAUUUUCCUCAACACUUGAGGGCCCAGAAAGUCUGAUCUCUCCAGAAUGAUGAGCCCAGAGGAAUGCUAAGAAAUCAUCUCGGGGAGGAAGCAGAAAGGGAUUUAGCAGGGGCUUCUGAAUACUUGGGAGAUAGGGAAGGGCCAAAGGAACAUAAUCUAGGGUGUACUCAUUGCUCCGUGAGGUAUCAUAUCUGGAUUAAAGUGCCAAGUCCUUUGGGGCCUUACCCUUCAUCAUUCACUGCCACCACUUAGAAAUGGGGGUGUUCCUAAAUAAGGAAACCUACCAGAGGUUUACAUUUGCACCUUAGCCCCAAUAGCUAGAAACCCCAGAGAAGCCUCUAACUGGAGCUCAUCUACAACUUCCUGACUCACAGGAGAAAGGUGAUUUUAACCUGGAAUCAUAAGUAAGCUGUUAACUCUAAAAUUUGCUUGCAAAACAGGUCAAGCAAGAGGGCAUUGGGUCAACUAAGUGUUACCGAGUUAAAGUAGAAAAGACAGCUGCUUUUCUUUUAGUUUUUGUUUUUCCUUUGCAUUAUGUUUUGCUAUUUCCUUGUGGCUUAGAAUGUAAAAUCGAUUGUUAAAAGUUUUGUUCUGAAUAAAUAUUUAUCUUUUGUAUUGCUAA